AACAAAUAGCCUCGAAAUGUUUCAAAACAGCUGUUUAUUGGCCUUACUCAUCAAUGACGUGAAUUUUCUGUUUUUAUUAUCAUAAAUCCAUGAUAAGGUAAAUAAAACAAUUUAAAAGUAAUGUGACGAGCGGAUAUUUGUCAUUUACAAGACAAUAACAAUAGUGACCGCAGUAGACAAUAGUGAAUUGUACACCAGUUAACUUAUUGAAAUUAUCUAAAACUUAAAACAUGGAUCAGAAACCACAAAUCUACUCCAAAUAUGCCAUCUUGACACGUACAACUGAGUUGCGAAUGCAUACUUCCGCUGAAGUACCGUGUGAUCGUUCUACUGAGGUGCAAACAUUUACAAUGGUGGGUGGUACACUCAUAAAAAUGUUUCAAACGAAAGUACCCGUAGAAAUUGCCGGCUCUAGAAAUAUGAGCACAGUGCAAAUACUUGACCUGGUGCAUCACAAACCGAUAUAUGAAAAUCUUUAUGAAUGUCCACAAGACAAUUUGUUGAAAGUGAGUGAGACGUUGUGGCCAUAUGUAAUUGCCAUAAUGGAACCAGAACGGCGAUUACAGUUGGUAAAGAAGAUUGAACAUUGUAAAUGGAUAAUCUACCUGAAAAUUAAUGAUUUAGUUCGCGUCUCGGGUGCAGCGUUUGGUAAAAAAUCGAUUUAUUACGACUGCAUCAUACGAUACAUCGGCAACGUUGCUGAACUUUAUCCCGUUGGCUACGUCUUCGGUCUGGAGUUGCUGCAUUUAGACAACGGCUACUCACCCCAGUCAGAGGAUAUUCCUUUUUCAAUAAAUUACAUGCAAUGUGAGCCGAGUCUUUCCAUAUUCUCAACCGCCGAUAAUUUACUGCAGCUACCAAGCGAUAUUAAGAAGAAAUUUUCUAUGCAAAAUCUUAUAGGCGAGACGUUAUACAAAGUAAAAACGGCUAUUGUACCAUCUACUUGUGGCAACGGCAGUGGUGGCGGCAGCAACACAAACUCCUUGCGCAGACCAAAGAAACAAAAAAAGAAGGUACCGACUUCACAAUUUUAUGCCGACACUAGUUCUCCACCUGCUGAGGACACUAAACAAGUUGUAAACAACAGUGUGCCUGAUUACAGUCACGUGCUCGAAAUGGAUCGUGACAGUAACAAACAGAAGAGUACAGAUGAGUUCGAUAAUGGUAAUCAAAUGAUACCAAUAGAAAGUGAUGACUACAAGCAAAGUAUUGAGAACUAUGAACGUAGUCUAGAAAGACAGCGUGGCAUUCCCCCUGCAACUACGACUGUAACAGCGCCGGUAGGCAUAUUAAAGCGACAUACACCUACUGCUUUCGGCAGUGGAGAUGUUGGUAACAAUAAAGAUGCUGUGAGUGGCACAGUACACCCACUGAAUCUGAUGAGUAUGGAAGAUCGCGAUAUAGUUGUGAUUGAUCGCGCUGAUAUACAUGAGUCUACAAAAAAUGAGUCGAAUGUUAUUGUGGUGGAUAAAAAUAUGAAGCAAGACUAUGAUUUGGCGGAUUUAUUAGGUAGCAAUUGGCCAAGCAAUGCAGGAGGCGCCGCCUCUAUACUAAAUAACAAACAACCGAUAAAACAACAGCAUACAACUGCUAACGCUAAUUACGAUUUAGCACAAACAAAAGGGGCGCGUAAUAAAUCGCCCAACCCUUUAGCACACUUUGGUGGCAAUAAGACCGCAGGAAAUGCUGCUAUGGAUGGUUUUAUUGGCGGCGAACUGGCAAGCGACGAACGAAAUAAAUAUGCUAAUUCGCGUGAUUCACCGGUCUACGACAAUUUGGUUGAUAUCGAUACACCACCGGCUGAAGUGGAGUUGGUGAAAUAUACGCCCUUGCAAGAUAUACCCGACACCGCAUUAGGCGUUGGUUCAAUGGUGGAGGUAUCCAUACCGGAGGCGUCGGAGAAUUUGUACGGCGUUAUACGUUGGAUAGGCACUGCGCAGGGACGUAAACAAAUUAUGGUUGGCGUGGAACUUGAAGAGGAUCAGGACGAUCGUACAUUGCCGACCACUAAUGGCAUCUAUAAAUGCGUGCGUUAUUUCAAGUGUCAUGACGGCCGCGCACUUUUCGUCACUUCAGAUCGCUGCUGCACAGAUCGCCGCUUCAUUGAGUUGGAUGGUAAGGCUGCUGCAAAUAUACCGACCGAUUCGAAAAUGUUCGGACAAGUUGAUUGUCCGUCGGUGCCAGGCGCGGUUGCACCAUUAAAGAUUAAAAGUUUGGAAGAGUUGGAGGAAAAUUGUGGCAAGUUCAAAGGUAUACAAGGACAUCAUAAUUCCUGUUAUCUGGAUGCAACAUUGUUUGCCAUGUUCACUUUUACGCCGGUCUUCGAUUCGUUGCUUUUCCGACCGCAGGAGGCUGAUGAUAUUCCCAGCUAUAUGGAGGUACAGAAGGUGUUGCGCGAAGAGAUCGUCAAUCCGCUGCGCAAAAAUGUUUUUGUACGCGCCGAUCGUGUCAUGAAAUUACGUCAGCUAUUGGAUAAACUAAGCUCCGUUAGUGGUUUGACCAGUGAAGAGAAAGAUCCCGAGGAAUUUCUCAAUAGUUUGUUAGCGCAAAUAAUGCGCGUAGAACCGUUUUUGAAGCUGAGUUCUGGUCAAGAUGCCUAUUUCUAUCAGUUGUUCGUUGAAAAGGAUGAGCGUUUGUGUUUCCCCACAGUACAACAACUAUUCGAACAGAGUUUUCAUUCAUCCGAUAUCAAAUUGAAGGAAGUGCCGUCAUGCUUGAUUAUACAAAUGCCGCGCUUCGGCAAAAAUUUCAAAAUGUAUCCCAGAAUUUUGCCCUCUCAACUGCUGGAUGUCACCGAUAUCAUUGAGGACUCUCCCCGCCAAUGUUCUGUAUGCGGCAAGUUAGCCGAGUAUGAGUGCCGCGAUUGCUACGGUGUUCUGCAAGGUGGUGUUGGUUUGGAGAGUACAGCAUUUUGCCUUAAAUGCCGCGAUACUGUACAUAUGCAUGCGCGCAGAACAAACCAUACGCCAAAGAAAUUGUCAGUGCCGCAAGAUUUCCGUAUAAUGGCCGAUCACAUGACAGUUCCGCGCUUGUAUAUGGAAUUAUUUGCUGUCGUUUGCAUAGAGACUUCGCAUUAUGUCGCGUUCGUUAAGGCCGGUUCGGGUCCCGAUGCACCUUGGUGUUUUUUCGAUUCCAUGGCCGAUCGUAAAGGCGAGAAGAAUGGCUAUAAUAUACCGGAGAUGAUAACGGUACCCGAUUUACCGCUUUGGCUUUCGGAGGAGGGUGCGCGUGUGGUUAAUGAGACAUCGACGAAUGACAAAAUGUUGCCGGAACACGCGAAGCGACUUUUCUGUGAUGCCUAUAUGUGCAUGUAUCAGAGCACCGAUGUGAUGAUGUACCGCUAAUGUAGAGAGAGAGUGCGCAAUCAUAGACACAGCUUUAAAAGUACACACUUAACUAAAUUAUAGUUUUAUUCCUUUACAUAAGCAUAUUUAUACAUAUAUAUAUAAUAUCAUAUGAAUAAUGUAUUGUUUUGCAUGAAAUGACACCAACAACAAAAAUUUAUAAUUAACAAAAUCCAUACAUACAAUUUAAAUUAAUAAAAUGAAGU